AGAUAUCCUGAACCUGAAAAAAGUGAUGAUAAAGGCACCGAAACCGACUCGAAUCACAAUCAAAUGCUUUACUAUCAUAAAUUAGGCACUCCUCAGUCUGAUGAUAUUUUAAUUUAUAAAGACCCAAGCAACCCUGAGUAUAUGUGUGAAGCUUCCGUUUCCACAGAUGGUCGCUACGUAAUUCUCAAAAUUGUAAAAGAUUGUGAUCGUGUAAAUAAAUUAUGGAUCUUUGAUUUAGAAAAAAUUAAUCAAAAUUUCGACUUUCUCAAAAUUGUUGAUAACUUUGAUGCCGAAUUUGAAUAUAUUACAAAUGAUGAAACAACAUUUUAUUUAAUGACUAAUUUAAAUGCACCCCGAUAUAAAGUCGUAAAAUAUGAUUUAUCUCGACCCGAUGACGGUUUUAUUGACAUCAUCAAAGAACAUCCAGCAGAUGUUCUUUCUUCUGCAGACGCAAUUGCAGAAACAAAUCUCGUUCUUGUAUAUAUGCAUGACGUGAAAGAAAAAGUAUCCAUUCAUUCUUUGUCCACCGGAAAGCAUAUUAAGGAUUUACCAAUCCCUAUAGGAUCAAUAGAAACAGUUGCGGGGAGAAGGGAAGAUACAGAGUUUUUCUUUAAAUUUACUAGCUAUUUGAAUCCUGGUAUCAUUUAUCGGUACGAUUUUUCAAAGGAAACAUUGUCAGAAUAUCGAACUACUGAAGUUCGGGGAUUUAACAGUGAUUUAUUUGAAACAAAACAAGUCUUCAUUGAGAGCAAGGAUAAGACUAAAAUUCCCGUUUUUAUUGUUUCACCGAAGCAUAUCGAUUUUAAUUGCAAUAACCCUACGUUGUUAUAUGGAUAUGGAGGAUUCAAUUUUAGUUUAGCACCGUCAUUUUCUACUUCUUGGUUGAACUUUAUUAAGCAGUAUAAUGGCAUUGUUGCUGUCGCUAAUCUUCGUGGUGGCGGUGAAUAUGGUGAACAAUGGCAUAAAGCAGGAAUGUUGCACAAUAAACAAAAUGUUUUCGAUGACUUUCAGUCGGUUGCUAAAUGGUUGAUAGAUAAUAAGUAUACACGCCCUGAGAAAUUAGCUAUAAAUGGUGGUUCUAAUGGUGGUUUACUAGUUGGUGCAUGCAUAAACCAGGCACCCGAAUUAUUUGGUGCUGCAGUAGCAGACGUCGGCGUUAUGGAUAUGUUGAGAUUCCAUAAAUUCACUAUUGGACAUGCGUGGAAAAGUGAUUAUGGUGACCCUGAUAAAAAGGAAGAUUUCGAAUAUAUUUACAAGUAUUCUCCACUUCAUAAUAUACAAUCUACUAAACCAUAUCCUUCGGUUUUAUUGACCACAUCGGAUCAUGACGAUAGAUAUGUUGCAAAGAAUAAUCCAAAUCCUUUAAUGAUUAGAAUCGAAACUAAAGCUGGUCACGGACGUGGAAAACCUACAAAGAAGAGAAUCGAUGAAUUUACUGAUAGAUAUUCAUUCAUCGCACUCGCAACUGGUGCCGAAUGG